AUGGGGGCAGGCUCCUCCAGCUACCGGCCCAAGGCCAUCUACUUGGACAUCGAUGGACGCAUUCAGAAGGUGGUCUUCAGCAAGUACUGCAACUCCAGCGACAUCAUGGACCUGUUCUGCAUCGCCACUGGCCUGCCUCGGAACACGACCAUCUCCCUUCUAACCGCAGACGAUGCCAUGGUCUCCAUCGACCCCACCAUGCCUGCCAAUUCAGAACGCACUCCCUACAAAGUGAGGCCUGUGCCCUCCAAGCAGCUCUCUGAGAGAGAAGAACUAAUCCAGAGCAUGCUGACCCAGGUGGCAGAGCAAUUCUCAAGAGCAUUUAAAAUCAACGAGCUGAAGGCUGAAGUUGCAAAUCACCUGGCAGUGCUGGAGAAAAAAGUCGAAUUGGAAGGACUAAAGGUGGUGGAGAUUGAGAAAUGCAAGAGUGACAUUAAGAAGAUGCGGGAGGAACUGGCAGCCAGAAGCAACAGGACCACCUGUCCCUGUAAAUACAGUUUUUUGGAUAACAACAAGAAGUUGGCACCUCGACGCGAUGUCCCCACUUAUCCCAAGUACCUGCUUUCCCCAGAGACCAUAGAAGCCCUCCGGAAGCCGACCUUCGACGUGUGGCUUUGGGAGCCCAACGAGAUGCUGAGCUGCUUGGAGCACAUGUACCACGACCUGGGCCUGGUCAGAGACUUCAGCAUCAACCCCAUCAUCCUCAAGAGGUGGCUGCUCUGCGUGCACGACAAUUACAGGAACAACCCUUUCCACAACUUCCGGCACUGCUUCUGUGUGGCACAGAUGAUGUACAGCAUGGUCUGGCUCUGCAGCCUCCAGGAGAAGUUUUCCCAAAUGGAUAUCUUGAUCCUAAUGACAGCAGCCAUCUGCCAUGAUCUAGACCAUCCAGGAUACAACAACACGUACCAGAUCAACGCCCGCACGGAACUGGCCGUCCGAUACAACGACAUCUCCCCACUGGAGAACCACCACUGUGCCGUGGCCUUUCAGAUCCUUGCCCAGCCCGAGUGCAACAUCUUCUCCAAUGUGCCUCCAGAGGGGUUCAAGCAGAUCCGACAGGGGAUGAUCACUUUAAUCCUGGCCACUGACAUGGCAAGACAUGCAGAAAUUAUGGAUUCUUUCAAAGAAAAAAUGGAGAAUUUUGACUACAGCAACGAGGAGCACAUGACCCUGCUGAAGAUGAUUUUGAUAAAAUGCUGCGAUAUCUCUAACGAGGUCCGUCCCAUGGAAGUUGCAGAGCCCUGGGUGGACUGUUUGUUAGAAGAAUAUUUUAUGCAGAGUGACCGUGAGAAGUCAGAAGGCCUUCCUGUGGCCCCGUUCAUGGACCGAGACAAAGUGACCAAAGCUACAGCCCAGAUUGGGUUCAUUAAGUUUGUCCUGAUCCCAAUGUUUGAAAUGGUGACCAAGCUCUUCCCCGUGGUUGAGGAGCUCAUGCUGCAGCCCCUCUGGGAGUCCAGAGAUCGGUACGAGGAGCUGAAACAAAUCGACGACGCCACGAAAGAGCUGCAGAAGGAGACCGGGAACUUGACGUCAGGGGCCACCGAAAAGCCCAGAGAGAAAAGCAGAGAUGUGAAAAAAAGCGGAGACUGUGUCUGAAGAAGACAGGAGUGUGGGCUGCCUUCCAGGCCACGCUGGCUGAGCCUCGCAGACCCUCUGUGCGGGAAC